AUGUCCGCCAUACCAUACUUGUCCGAACUCUCGAGCGCAGACACUGGAGAGGGUGUCGCAGCCGAUAAUGUCCUUGAGACUCUCGAAUUGCUCGCCGCCGGCGACAUUCCUGCCCCCCUCCGUGACAACGAGGAAAAGCGACUUCGAUUUCUUGAGGCCGCUAGAAUGGCCUCUCUCAAGCUCGAGCAACCAUGGGAUACUAUGCAGCGUUUGAUCUUUUGUGCACUACCACCCAACAUGGUACAAGUGGGUAUUGAUCUUGGGCUGUGGAGGCUAAUUACUAAGCGGGAAGGUGCGGUGAUAAGCGUGAGUGAGAUGGCUGCCGAGUUGGGCGCUGAGAAAGCACUGUUAGUGCGAGUGUUGCGGUGGGCCGCGACGCAGUGGACGGUUGAGCAGGUCGGCACCGAGACGUACCGUGCGACGAACAUUACGCAAUACCUGUCCAUGUCAGGGCUGGAGUCCGUGAUAUUUCACGUAACGGAGAGGAACAUCGCACUGUAUAACGCGAUACCAAAAUGGCUAGCCGACAAUUGCUACAAGCAGCCACAGGAUAACAAGAACCUUCCAUUCAAUCUGAGUAAGAAUACCGACCUGCACUUUUUCGAAUGGCUAUCGCAACGGCCGCGGCACCAGCAGGCCUUCAAUGAGUACAUGUCUUUCCAGCGAGUGGGCCAAAAGAGCUGGCUCGAUGUGUUCCCGCUUGAGAAGUACGUGCACACCUCCAGCACGGGAAACAAGCACCGAACAAUUUUCGUGGACGUCGGGGGCGGUUACGGACACCAGUCCAAGGAGGUCAUCAGGAGGUUGCCCUGGCUGCAAGGGCGUGUUGUGCUUCAGGAUACACAUGCAGCUGCGAUCGACUCUGCCAAGGGCAUCGAAGGCUUGGAGGUUGCUUAUCAUGACUUCACCAAGGCGCAACCAGUCAAGGGGGCGUGCGUGUACUACCUACGAAACAUCUUGCACGACUGGCCUGAUCAGGCCUGCCUUAAUAUCCUGACACAACUCAAAGACGCCCUCGCUCCCGACUCAGUCAUCCUGCUUGACGAACUUAUCCUUGGGGAUGAGAGCACGCAUUGGUAUGGAGCCUCGUUUGAUUUGCUUAUGAUGGCAAACUACGGGGCGCGAGAGAGGUCACUGGCUGAAUGGGAUCGCAUUCUUGAGCAGGUUGGGUUGGAACGGAAAACGUUUUUGCCAUACAGCAUGCAUGGAGAUGGUAUCCAAGUAGUCGGUGCUCGAGCAACGAGCAUGGAGGUUAAGCCUGGACGUACAGCGUUUGUAGAUGUCGAGCAGUUGUAUGACAUGCUGAGCGAUGAGGAGAAGAAGACGGUGGACCGCAGUUGGGUUGAGUACAUGUAUUGGCCGUACGAGAAGAUCAAGGGUUGCCGUGGUACUCCGAACGGGUUGGGCGUGGCAAACGAGGGUAGGGAGUUACUAGACGAGGAGGUAGAGAGACAUGAGGAGAGGAGUAAGGAGUGGCAGAAGAAGUUACUGCUGGUCUGGGUCAAUCCCGUCACUGGCAAGAAGUCGUUCCAGGUGCAGCACAACUUGGCUCGUUGGUUAUUUAUCCGCAAUGGUCCCAACGAUGCUCCCAAGGUUAUUGAUGAUUUAGGCGAAGUCAGGAAGUUUUUGGACAACACCCAAGGAAGAAUGAUCAAGCCUGAGCACAUUUGGGUGGGCCCUGAGGAAGAACAUGAUAUUCUCCUCUUCCAGAACUAUGGCCUCUUUCAUACCAAGAUUGAUUGUCCGGCCAGUUGGGACGUCAGGACGGUGCAUCAAGGCUGGUUGCCCGGCGGCAAGCCGCCUGCUAGGCCAGUGUCAAUUCCAGAGAAUUAG